AUGUGACAACAUUGUUGCUACCCCAUUUCUUUUUCAGGUGGAAAGGAGGGUGUUUACUCGCUUUUCAAACGGCAGAAUGCUAAAUAAGGGCUUUGUUUGGCCGGACUAAGCAUAUCUGAGCGUGGCGACGUUUCGAAUAGCAUUGGGAAACAGUUCACCUCCAAAGAGCUGCCUUACUGCGCCAGUGCUUGGCAAGAGAGGGCGGUAUAGGACGACAGUGCAGGACGACAGUGCAGUAGAAAAGCAGGUGUCGCGAAGUGCAGAAACCCAGCCUAAAACCCCAAAGAGCAAGCGAUGCAGAUGUAGAAACUCUGUAGAACGUUGCAAAGGAGAUGAGUUUGGAGGAGCGAUUACAGUCAUCCACAAUAACCAGCAUGUCUCAGAAAGGGACAAAAAAGGGAGGAGCGCCCUCACCCAGAGCGAGCACGUCAUCAAACACCUCCUCUGGACACGGGACCCCUGGGCGCCCCGCGCUCCGCCAGCCCAAGGCAGGAGAAAAUGGCAACAGCUCCAAGAGCGGCAGGAGCCACAGCCAGGGCUCUGUAGCAGCUGUCUACCUGUCCUACCUCAACACUCUCUUUGGACAGGAUAGGGAGCUGAUGCCUGAGGAGUUGGAUGAGCUGCAGGUGGCCUUUAAGGAGUUUGACUAUGAUGGAGACGGCUUCCUGCAUUACAAGGACGUGGCCGACUGUAUGAGGACCAUGGGAUACAUGCCCACUGAGAUGGAGCUCAUUGAGAUUAUACAGCAGAUCAAGAUGAAAUGGGGCGGUCACGUGGACUUUGAUGAUUUCUGUACUGAGCUGAUGGGCCCUAGGAUGCUGGCUGAGACGGCUCACAUGAUGGGGAUGAGGGAGGUACGCAGUGCUUUUAAACAGUUUGACAGCGAUGGAGAUGGGCGCAUCACCUUGGAGGAGCUGAAGGACAGCAUGAAGGCCCUGCUGGGUGAGAAGCUGAAGAAGGGCGAGCUGGAGGAGAUCCUCCAGGAUAUCGACCUCAACAAGGAUGGCGGAAUAGACUUUGACGAGUUUGUCAUGAUGCUGUCGUCGCGGUAGCCUGCCUCAGCCGUCAGACUAACUAGCAAGACGCCCUGGAUGAGGUCUGGAUCUGGCACAGUUGUGUGGCACAGUUCUUGUGUCAAUUUCCUGUAGCAUUGUGCAUAAUGUCUGUAUGAAACGAUUUUGCAUAUUCAGAAGAUUUAGAUCUGAAUGAUUUUCUAGUGGAAAGACUUAGAUUGUAAGAUAACAAUUUAGGUCAAAUUGUUGCCUUUUUAAAAUGAUUUACAAUAAACUGGUUUAAGCAAUGCAGCAGAGGGCGAAGGAUGAGUUAUGAAACAAGACGAGUGUUGCAUUGACUCACCACUGCUAUGUAAGAGCUAUGUCGCCACCUUGUGGAAGCAUUCUGAACAACCAAUUGAACAGAAUGUCCUGAAUGUUGCAAGCGUUUCCUGAUGACGUAACUAACACCCAAUGCAUAACACUGGGAUCGGGAUGGUUACAUUGACAAUGGGUUACAUUCAUGGGUUACAUUUAGUCCAUACGUUAACAUAAUACCACUUGAGGCUUCGAGUUGAAAAAAAACGAGUUCAUUUAUUAUUGAAAAUUGAUAAUUUAAACAUUCGAGAGAAAGCAUGAUCUGUCCAAAAACAAAAUGGUUUAAACGAAACAAAGCCGCAAUUGACAUACAUUAUACACAUUGUGAACGAGUCGGCCAUGACGCGGCUAAAGAAAUGACAAAUAAUUAACACAAAUAUCACAAUUACUAUUACGGCAGAAGGAACGCUAACCAAGAACGUCGCAUUGUGC